GGGGGGCCGAGAUCAGGCGAUCCCGGUAGGCGAGUGCCUGCCACGAGCCCUAGAAUUCGGCACCGCCCAGGGAAGGACUUAGGGCGGCUGCCGAGAGUGGGGAUGGACAUCUGGGUCCACCUGGGAGGCAGUGACCCCAGUGGGCUUCUGGAAAAGAAGUGGAAGCAAACCGACCGGAAGCGGCCAAGCCCCUGAUUGGGGGGAGGGGAAGAAGCUAGCUUAGUCUGCCCCUGAAGCCUAGAUCGCUUCGGCCCCGCCCCGUACCCAGCGCGCCAGGAAGCUGGCAAACCACUGGGCGUCCCAGCAAAAGUUUAGAGAAAAAACUACCCCGGCCUUCGUUCCCUCAACGUGUCCCUGUCUGUCCCUCUCUUCCCUUACACAUGAAGGUAACCAGUUCCUCCCUGCCAGGAGCUUCCAUGGGCCCCGGCUAGUCCAGUCAGCCUCUAGCCCUGCAGCAGCAGGAGGCGAACGGUGCGCGACCGGUGAGGACCCGCACUCUGGGUGGGGCUCCCGUGCAGCCGAAAGCGGAGGGAUAUUUCCCCUGCUGGGCUAAAGGUUGCAGAGAGCAAAGUGAGAUGGGGGAGUGGCACGUGUAGGACCCUAGAGGGGCGAUGGUGAAAACUCGCUAAAACUUCUUCCCUCUGCUUUCUCCCGGCCAUAAGAGAAAAUAAAAGGCUGCACUAGCGGGAGGAGGUGAACCCCCCCCAUCCUGCUGCUAUCCCGGGGUGAGACACGUCUCCUUCCCCUCUCCGUAAAAAAAUUCCGGGCAUGCGUAUCCCCGCGCAGGCGCAGCUGCGGACCCUGAUUUCCACUUCCACAAUCCCCACCCCUCUACUGCACGGUGGGGAGGAGACUUUUCCUUCCAUCCCAGCUUGCCUCGCCCAUCCUUCCCCAAGUUCCGGCUCCUCCUGGUCUUUUCGAGCGCAUGCGGCUGAGUAAGCCAUCCCAGAGCUCCGAACUGGGGGCUGGGGGCGAAAAAGAGUGUUAAAAAUUUAACCCGGAUUAUGCCAGACUUUCCUACGGUUUGCAUUAUUUGGGGUUUACAUAGUCUCGCUUUUCUCUGUUUUUAUUCCCUACCGGAGUUUGAUUCCCUAAAAUGAGACACACAUCCCAACCUUACAUUCCCCUCCCCAGCCGCCCGCGCAGAGGUCAUUUUAUUGCACUCGGCAAAUUUGACAACGGAGAAGGGAGGGGAGGGGGAUUUUGAAAAUUUGUUUUUUGCAAAGUUUUUGGUCUCAGGGUAGGGGGAGGGGAAAAGAAGAGGCUGCCCCGCCUCCACUGUCGUUUGCAAAAAAAAAAAAAAGGAGGGGGGAGGGGGGAAGGAGGAGCAGCAGGACGAGCAGGAAGCAGAGCUGAAGGCAGCAGAGAGAACGGAGCUGCGAGCCCGGACAGCAGCGCGUGUCCCUAGCUCCGCCACCCCCUUCCCGCAGUAGCAGCAGAGCCAGACCGCCAGCGCUAUGGCCGGUUGGAACGCCUACAUCGACAACCUCAUGGCGGACGGGACCUGUCAGGACGCGGCCAUAGUCGGCUAUAAGGACUCGCCCUCGGUCUGGGCCGCCGUACCCGGGAAAAGCUUCGCCAAUAUUACGGCAGCUGAAGUAGGUGUAUUGGUUGGCAAAGAUCGUUCAAGUUUUUUCGUAAAUGGGCUGACACUUGGGGGCCAGAAAUGUUCAGUGAUCAGGGAUUCGCUGCUGGUAGAUGGAGAGUACACCAUGGACCUUCGUACAAAGAGCACUGGAGGUGCUCCCACCUACAACAUCACUGUCACCAUGACUGCCAAGACGCUAGUCCUGCUGAUGGGGAAGGAAGGUAUCCAUGGGGGAAUGAUCAACAAGAAGUGUUAUGAAAUGGCUACCCACCUUCGACGCUCUCAAUACUGACCCUCCCUGCCCCCCUCCUUCCCCAACGCUUCAGCACCAUUUCCCUCAUUUGUUUUUUGGGCCAUUCCCCCACCCACUUGUUGCUGCCAAAACUACACCUGGGGGGGGGGCAGGCUGGAUGGACAGGCGAGCCCCACCCCCCCCUCCUUUUGAACCUCCUUCCUGUGUGUAGUUGGGAAGUUUUUUGUUUUGUUUUUGUUUUUUUUUGUUUGUUUUUUUUUUGUUUUUGAAAAAAAAAAUUUUCUGGAAACUUAUAUUGGAAUAUGAAUAAAAGAUUCUACUAAUAAA